AUGGACAGAGUACGUGCAUGAAUACCUGGAAUGAGAUAUUACUAGUUAGUAGAACUGCUACUUGAGCUGAGUUGCUGACAGACAGCAGUUUUCAAAGUGUAAACUAAUCAGUAGUCCUACAUGUUAUCAGUAACACGUCUGGUAAAGAUGGUGGAGGAGCUUUUCAAUGAUAUGGUUUUAUGUUUAUCUCAGGGUUUCUCCAUCCUUUUGUUCUUACCAGCACUUACACACCUGAUUCAACUAAUCAUCAUAUAUUUUAAGACAGUUUAAUAUUUGAGGCAAACAAUUGAACCUUCUCAAAUUAAAACCUGUUUGGUUUGUAGGCCUGUUUACAAUUAUUAAAGUCCUACAGUAACUCACAUCUUGGAGAAAAAAAACACAGCUAAACUUGGUUUCGAGUAAAUUAUAUGUUUAUCAACAAUAAUGUAAGAGAGAUGUCUUGAAGAAACGCGUCUGGGAUUCUAACUCUGUGUCUCAGUGCCCUGCUACAGUGGGAGUGCCCUGCUAUCGUUUUGCAUGGCCCGGUGCUACAGGGGUCAGUGCUCUAAAAUGAGUCUCUCUGGGGAGAGAGCGGAGGGGGACCCUGCCUCUAAAAUGAGUCUCUCUGGGGAACCUGACACCAAAACCAAAACUAAGAGUCCAAUCAAGCAGGAGAGACCAGCCUCCCCUGUUCCCAGCUGUGUGUCCAUGAAGAGUGACCGGUCUAUGGGUCUACCUAUACAGUUUAGAGAGGGAGACUUUUCUACUGAACAAAGUGUGGAACAUGGUGGAGAGAACACAAUGAAACCUGGACUUAGAAAAUAUGCCUGUGAUCUCACACUGGACCCAAACACAGUAUUCAGAUACUGCUUUCUGUCUGAGGGGAACAAAAAGGUGACACAUAUGGGGAAGUACCAUCCGUAUCCUGAUCACCCAGAGAGAUUUGAGCACUGUGGAGAGGUGCUGUGUAGAGAGAGUCUGACUGGGCGCUGUUACUGGGAGGUAGAGUGGAGUGGGGGAGAGGCUGAUAUAGGAGUGGCAUAUAAAGGAAUCAGCAGGAGAGGAGAGUUUAAUGACUGUUAUCUUGGAUACAAUGACAAGUCCUGGAGUCUGCGCUGCUCUGACAACAGUUACAUUGCCUGGCACAAUAAUAACUUCACUACCAUAGACAUCCCCUCCUCCAGCCCCUACAGAGUAGGAGUGUAUCUGGACUGGCCAGCCGGCACUCUGUCCUUCUACAUAGUCUCCUCGGACACACUGACCCACCUGUACACAUUCCACACCACAUUCACUGAACCCCUCUAUCCAGGGUUUCAUCUUUGGGGUUGUGGCGUCUCAGCGUCCCUUUGUCAGGUGAUUCUGAAUAACAAUGACCUGAAGGAUUCAGGAGUGAAGCUGCUCUCUGCUGGACUGGAGAAUCCCCACUGUAAUCUGGAGACUCUGAGUGUGGAACAUGGUGGAGAGAACAGAAUGAAACCUGGGCUUAGAAAAUAUGCCUGUGAUCUCACAUUGGAUCCAAACACAGUAUUCAGAUACUGCUUUCUGUCUAAGGGGAACAAAAAGGUGACACAUAUGGGGAAGUACCAUCCGUAUCCUGAUCACCCAGAGAGAUUUGAGCACUGUGGAGGGGUGCUGUGUAGAGAGAGUCUGACUGGGCGCUGUUACUGGGAGGUAGAGUGGAGUGGGAGGGGAGAGGAAGAGUGGAAAGGGAGAAGGGUUGAUAUAGGAGUGACAUAUAAAGGAAUCAGCAGGAGAGAAGGGGGUGAUGACUGUUGGCUUGGAUACAAUGACAAGUCCUGGAGUCUGCGCUGCUCUGACAACAGUUACUCUGCCUGGCACAAUAAGAAUUCCACUACCAUAGACAUCCACCUCUCCAACUCCCACAGAGUAGGAGUGUAUCUGGACUGGCCAGCCGGCACUCUGUCCUUCUACAUAGUCUCCUCGGACACACUGACCCACCUGUACACAUUCCACACCACAUUCACUGAGCCCCUCUAUCCAGGGUUUCAUCUUUGGGGUCGUGACGCCUCAGUCCCUUUGUCAGGUGGUCCCUGUGUCAAACACAACAUGAUGUUUCACUCUAAUCAGUGUCAUGUUCAGUAAGACACACUGGAGCAACAAUGUAAAUAUCUCUCUAGUGUGUUAACCUCUCUAUCCAGGGUGUUUGGUAUGAAUAUCUCUCUAGUGUGUAAACCUCUCUAUCCAGGGUGUUUGGUAUGAAUAUCUCUCUAGUGUGUUAACUCUCUAUC